AUGCGUACUACCGCCGCCCUUCGAAUGUUUCGCCCCACGGCCCGCAUGAUGCGACCGGUUCCCAAGGAAGACCAGGCCGGCCACACUGUCUCCCAGCGGUUGCGCAAGCUCAAGCAGAUUCCAGCUGAGCUGAUUCCCCUCGACCUAGCCGCCGUCGUUGGUUUUGCCAUCUUUGCCGCCGGUUACUCGAGUGUACGAAAGUUCAUUGUCGACAAGAACCUCCGACUCGCCAGACAAGGACCUGGUGGACGUGCUGAUGAUCAUCACUGA